AUGUGGUUUCUUGGUUGGAAAGGACCGUCGGGCUUCUCAGCUUCUUCAACCGCCGAUCAAGUUACUCACGGAAUCGAUGGAACCUCUCUCACUGCCAUCGUCACAGGAGCAACAAGUGGUCUUGGUUUGGAAACAACCAGGGUUCUUGCUUUGCGUGGUGUUCAUGUUGUUAUGGCUGUCAGGAAUGUGAAUAAUGAUCUUAGCUCUUUGGCUUCUGUUAGGAAAUUUGCAUCGGAUUUUAAUUCCUCCGGUCUUCCACUCAAUAUUCUUAUUAACAAUGCAGGGUUGAUGGCUACUCCAUUCAUGCUUUCUCAAGACAAUAUUGAAUUGCAGUUUGCAACCAAUCAUUUAGGCCAUUUUCUGUUGACAAACCUUUUAAUAGAGACUAUGAAAAAAACUGUAAGGGAAUGCAACCGGGAAGGAAGGAUAGUUAUUGUAUCAUCGGAGGCUCACCGAUUUGCAUAUAGUGAAGGGAUUCGUUUUGAUAAGAUCAACAAUGAAUCAGAAUACAGCAGUUAUUUUGCUUAUGGACAAUCGAAACUUGCGAAUAUCUUGCAUGCCAAUGAGCUUGCAAGGCGCUUGAAGGAAGAAGGGGUGCAAAUAACAGUUAACUCUCUUCAUCCUGGUACAAUUAUAACAAAUAUUUUGCGGCACCAUGGUUAUUUUAAUGCCGUUGCUAAUAUGGUGGGCAAGUACCUACUUAAAAAUGUGCAACAGGGAGCUGCAACUCAAUGUUAUCUUGCAUUGCAUCCACUGGUCAAGGGAAUAUCUGGUGAAUACUUUGCGGAUAGUAAUAAGGCAAACCCAACCACUUUAGCUAAAGAUUCAGAGCUGGCACAAAAACUAUGGGAAUUAAGUGUAAGUUUGUCUAAUACAAAGUAG